CUCAAAACUAAUAGGUCUAGAAAGAAAUAGUGGCGUAAAUAUACUAAGUCACGUGUCGCUAAGCCUUUACUUGGUAGUAAUGGUGACUGUCACUGAAUCCAGCACUCCAACAUUCUAUACUAUAGCACCAUAUCAUCUGACGCUCAUAUUCUGCCUCAUAUCCCCUCAUACCGCAAUAUCCCCAUAUUGCGGUUCACAAGUUUCUCAUGAGAGGUUGUCAAAUCAUGACAGUAGAAUGUUGACCAAAAUGAAUUGCGUUAGGUCUAACUAGGAGAGAGAGAGAUGCUUGGAAGAAGUAUGAAGAUCUAGAAAGAAAUGGUGGCCUAAAUACAGAGUC